AUGAUCAUAUCUUCUAUCGUGUGGAUCCAACUGUUGGCCUAUGGUGUACCACUGGUUCAAGCAGGUUCCUAUAUGGAGACCUACCAGAAGUACGAUGGGUUUAAUGAAGAGGGGAUUUACUGCAUCAUGACCGUUAAGGAAUUGACACAGGCGCGUUUGGUGGCCGAUAUUGAAUUGAGUAAUGGCGAUUAUGAUGACACAUGUAAUGACGUCGACUUCGACUACGAGAUCUCUACAUCCGGAACCACUAAUCGCACUACUGCUCUGCGGGAAUCCUAUAAGCUCCAGGCCAGUUCGUUGGGUGUUGCUGAUGACGACUGCCUCCAGGACCUCGCUAGUGACAUGAAUAUGGGUAGUCACUGUCGCUUCAAUGCCUACCCGAAAAACGGUCAUAUGAUCUUCGAGGCUUGCAAUAGCAGAUUCGACCUGUCUCCGAAAAGCUAA